AAAGUUAUGUGUAUUGACGUGUAAAGUUAUGAAUUAUAUUUCUUAAACAUGAUAAGGCGACAUUAAAAGAACGAAAGAACUACAACUUAUUUUGCAACUAGGUCAGCGACAUAUAUAUCAUUAUGAGUAUUCUGCGUAACAGUCGGAUUAUUUUUCGGCAGCUCUUUGAUAGUGAGUCUUGGACUUAUACAUAUAUAGUUGGAUGCAAAACAAAAAAUAAAGCAGUGAUUAUUGAUCCUGUUGAUAAGCAGUUUGAUCGAGAUAGAAAACUUUUGGAAGAGCUGGGUUUGGAUAUUAAAUAUGCUGUUAACACGCAUUGUCAUGCUGAUCACAUCACAGGAAGUGGUCUUUUCAAAAGUCACACAAAAUGUAAAAGUAUGAUUUCAAAAAAUAGUGGUGCAAUGGCUGACAUUUUAUUGAGUGAUGGUGAUAUUAUAUCAUUUGGUGAUCAGUCUUUACAAGCUGUUGCAACUCCUGGUCAUACAUCUGGAUGCCUAACAUAUGUUAGUUAUGAUGGCCGUUUUGCUUUCACUGGCGAUGCACUGCUUAUCCGUGGCUGUGGUCGAACUGAUUUUCAGCAAGGUAAUCCAGGUUUAUUAUAUGACAUGGUUCAUUCUAAGAUUUUAAGUUUACCUGAUGACUUUCUUUUGUUCCCUGCUCAUGACUACAAAGGAAAUAUGGUCACUAGUGUUGCUGAGGAAAAAAUGUAUAAUCCCAGAUUAACCAAAAGUAAAGAAGAGUUUAUUGAAAUCAUGAAAAAUUUGGGUCUUGCAUAUCCCAAACAAAUUGAUGUAGCUGUUCCUUGGAAUUUAAAAUGUGGGCCUAGUCAAUUGGGGCAAACUCUGGAAGAACGCAAUGCUAAUGUAUAAGUUAUAUACUUUGUAAAGUGUUUUUUAAAACGUAUAAAAAGUUUGUGCUUAAUAAUUUUAGUAAAACCUUUAAAAUCCUUUUGUAUUUUUUAAAUUUUUAAAUAACUGCUAUUGUAUUUUUACAUUUAUUGCAUUAUGUAUUUAUAAUAUAUUAAUAAAACAACGCUUUUUUAUAUUUAAUUUUUAUUUAUAGAUAGAUAUAUUUUAUGGCAUUUAUUAUAUCGUUCAAUUGAAAUACACUUGAUAAACUGUAUAAUUGUAUUAAUAAGAUUUAAUCGCAAAA